AUGCAAUUGCCUGUUGGUUGGAAUGGACCGUGGCAUACUGAUCCAGUACCCCAAAUCGUUAUAUUCCUUCAAGGAACAGGUACAUGGACAACAAUGGAUGGCACUAAUCAUACAUUUAAUACGGGUGAUGUUUAUUUUGGUAAUGAUCAAGCGUCAAAAAAUGGACAUUAUUCUAGAAAUAUAGGGGAAGUUCCCAUGUAUCUCGUUCUUAUACAAUUUGCUAAUUGGCCAACAAUGAUAAACGAGCCCUGUUGGUUGACAUGA